AUGUCCUCUUCUGACGAAUCCACCACCACCGUAAAAGAGUUGGGAACGCCGGUACGUGCCAAACUUCCGGUAAUGACCUCUCUCGAGAAGGAAAUUCUACUGGGAAUAGUCGCGAUUCCUAAAUUUAAGUGUAUAGUUGAAAAUAAAUCAACUAAUUCGAUUUGGACGGCCCAAAAGGACGAAGCCUGGGCCAAGAUCAGCUUGGAGUUUUGCUCCCAAUUGAAUGUGACAAAAAGGUCUGGCCCAAAACUGAAGAAAUCGUGGGAAAACUUGAAAAGUCGAGCAAAAAAACAGGUUUCGAAAACUAAAAGAAGUCGGGGUAAAACAGGCGGUGGGAAAAACAAAUACGAAAUUUCACCCGUUUCGGCAAAAGUAGUGUCAAUAGUACCAGCCCAACUUGCCUCUAUAAGCAACCCGUACGAUGACGACGCUGUCACAUCUGAAGAAGAAGCUGGACGAAAGUCCAUUCAAGAGUCGAGCAAGACAUUGGAGCGUGAAGUUAUCAGCUCCAUCCUGGCUGGCAAUAGGUCAGAUAUCGGGCAGGUCCAGAGGAACUCUGCACGGGCGGCUUGA